CACUUCCCUUUUCACCAUAACGCCUUUCCUUGAAUUUUGAACCCUCAAUAUUCUCAAACGAGGCAGAAUAAUUUCAUGGCCACCCUUAAAAUCUCCCCUAUAGUUUGUUCUUCCUCAGCUUCUUCCUUUUGUUAUGACGCAAAAGCUAUACCCUAUACUUCAAAUCUUCCAAUUCAUAAACUCGGUGUCAAUAGGCGAAAUGAGUUGCAAAUGUUGAGAGCAGAUUCUACCCAUAUGGGAGUGAAGCCUAAACUAGAAGUGAAAGAAAGAAAAGAUGAAGAAAUUUCCAAUUCAAUGGUGGUGCAAGAGCUAUAUGCAAUAAUGGAAAUUGAUGCAGAUAGAGCUGAGAUGCACAAGAACAUCGGGAGGCAACGCGAUAAUUGGAACAGUCUUCUUUUGAAUUCUGUUAAUGGAAUGACGGUUACAGCUGCAACCAUGGCUGGUCUUGCAGCGGUCAGCAAUGGAGUUGGAGCAACAUUGAUGGCUCUGAAGCUCUCUUCUGGUUUACUUUACACUGCGGUGACUGGGAUUUUGCUGGUGAUGAAUAAGAUUCAGCCAUCUCAGUUGGCUGAAGAACAAAGGAAUGCUACAAGACUGUUUAAGCAGCUUCAUGAAGAGAUCAAAACAACAAUUGCUCUUCGGAACCCGACUUCGGUUCAUGUGAAGGAUGCAAUGGAGAGAGUUUUGGCUCUUGAUGAAGCAUACCCACUUCCCUUGCUGGGAAAUAUGCUUAAUAAGUUUCCAGAACAUGUAGAGCCUGCUGUGUGGUGGCCACAAGUGAAGGCUCAAGGCUCAAGGAUUGUUAAAAAGGAUGACAAAAAUGGUUGGAAUGGGAAUCUUGAAGAGGAAAUGAAGGAGAUUGUUGGGAUUCUAAAGAUGAAAGAUUCAGCAGAAUAUGUGAGACUAAGCAAAAUAGUACUAAAAGUUAACAAAAUUCUGGCAAUUUGUGGCCCUUUAUUCACUGGUUCUGCUGCAAUAGCUUCAGCUUUUGUGGGAUCACCUUUUUGUGGUUCACUGGGAGCAGUAAUUGGGGUAGUUUUUGGAGCCAUGGCUACUGUGGUGAACACUUUGGAGCAUGGCGGGCAAGUCGGUAUGAUUUUCGAGAUGUAUCGAGGCUCUGCCGGAUUCUUUAUGCUCAUGGAAGAGUCAAUAGAAUCAACGUUGAAGGAAAGGGAAGUUGAUAAGAGAGAAAAUGGAGAAGUGUUUGAAGUGAAAGUAGCUCUUGAACUUGGGCGGAGCUUACCGGAGCUGAAAAAACUUGCAGAUGAUUCACAUUUACCUUCAUCAUACAGGGAGGAGAAAAAAGAGUUUGCAAGCAAGCUCUUUUGAUUUCUAAUACUCCAUUUUUUGGGUUCUAAGAAAUAUAAUACUUGCAAUUUGUGUAGCAAAAGUAAUUUCUAAAUCAUGUAUUCAAACCAGUAGUCUCACAGUAAUAGAAAAUAGUGAAAUAAUUUCUAUUAGUCU